AUGGAUAAUAAAAACAAUAUUCAAUCUACUGGUGAUAAAAUUUCACAAAUGUGUAAAUCUGUUGAAAAUUUUGAAAUAAUUCUUCAGGAAACUUGUAUUGAACAUGAGGAUAAUGAAAGUUUAAAGGCGGAGUAUUUCAAAAGUAUUCAAGAAACACCAAAAAAAAGUAAUGAUACAUUACCAGCAAAAGAAAUUUUAAAAUCAAAUUAA